UGAUGAUGGUGGUGAUGAUGAUGGUGAUGGAGGUGGUGAUGAUUUUGAAGAGGAGGAUGAUGGUGAUGAUAAUGGUGGUGAUGGGGACGAUGAUGGUGAUGAUGGUGAUGGAGAUGAUGGUGAUAAUCGUGAUGAUGGUGGUGAUGAUGGAGAUGAUGGUGAUAAUCGUGAUGAUGGUGGUGAUGAUGAUGGAGAUGAUGGUGAUAAUCGUGAUGAUGGUGAUGAUGAUGGUGAUGGAGAUGAUGAUGAUGAUGAUGGUGAUGGUGCUGAAGGUGAUUCGUGAAGAAGAUGAUGGUGAUGGUGAUGAUGGUUGUGGUGAAGAAAACGAUGACAAAUGAAGAAUGAUAAAGAAGAUGGCGAUAAUGAAAAUAACAAAGAUGAGGAGAAGAGGAAAGAAGUGAUGAUGGUCCAGACAAGGAAGGCAGUUUUCUCAGGGAGCUGUAGUUUAGGGACCUAGAGUAACUUACCCACGUUCGCGGAGGUGGCAUAUGAACACCUAGAAGGUUAAUCUUGUUUUGUGCUGUACUGCUGUGUCCCAUUCAUCUAACUGAAUUCCCCAUGCAGAUUGAAUUUGGAAAACCGACCCACGAAUGAAUGCAGGGACAUUAUUAUGAUUGGGCUUUACUUAUCCGGGAUAUCCUUGAGCAAGCUCUUUCUAAGCUUAAAAGCAAAGAGAUAAAUAGUAAAGGACAAUAUUUAUAGGCUUAUAUAAAAUUUAAAAUUUCCUGACAUCAAAAAAGAUAACUCAAAGUACUGGUAACAAACCGGUUUAAAAGCACGUGCUGUAUCUACCUAAAAUAAAGAGAAAAUCCCUGAGGUAUAGGAAGGAACUUAUACAAAGAAAUUGACUAGAAGAUAAUUACUGGAAAAGGGACCUAGUUGUGCCAAAGUAGUGUGUCCGAUCACUACACACUUGGUAGCAUUGAGCAUUAUGAUUUCUGAAAUAAUAAUGAUGAUGAU